GAGAUGUUGAAAACGACAAGCAAAGUUUUGUCUUUGUUCCCUGCUUUUCAUAAAACCAAAAUCUAAAGCCUGUAACUCCCUCUUGUCCCAAGGGAGAGUGUGUAAAAGGGAGGGAAAAGAAGCUGUGUGGGUGAGGGGUGGCAGAGCAGAUCCGGGGGACAGCGGAGGAGAGGAGCAAGCCAGUCUCUCGUAGGAGGGCGUGGAUACCGGUGCAAGCUCGAACAGGUCCGGCCUUCUGGAGACCUGUGCCAACAGCAGGAGGGGACAGACGGAAUCUCUGUGGGCAGACCCGGGUGAGGAUCUGCGGAGAACGUCCAACUAGAAACUCCCGUGGAUCCACCCAGAGGCUCUGGACCUUGUUGGUCCCCUUUGCCUCUGUGAGCCCGCUUAAGGAGUUUUCCCAAGGGAAGGUACCCGACAGACCGGGCGUCAGAGGAGGCUCAGGUUUUGCACGUUUUCCUUGCUCGGGAUUGGGAAGUACAAGAACAUUAAGUUUUUCAGUCUUUGUGUGUUGCCUCCUUUCUGAAGAGUGAUGGAGAUGCUGUUACAGGGAAGAGGACUGAUCCUGAGUCUAAUUUUCCUCCUGUUAAAGUUGUCAAGAGCUGAAAUACCACUCUCAGUUCAACAGGUACCAACAAUCAUAAAGCAGUCUUAUGUGCAAGUUGCCUUUCCCUUUGAUGAGUAUUUUCAAAUUGAAUGUGAAGCUAAAGGAAACCCAGAACCAAAAUUUUCAUGGACUAAGGAUGACAAGCCUUUUGAUCUUUCUGACCCUCGGAUAAUUGUAUCUAACAAUUCAGGCACAUUCAAGAUCCCAAAUGAGGGACACAUCUCUCACUUUCAAGGGAAAUACCGCUGUUUUGCAUCUAAUAGACUAGGAACUGCAGUAUCAGAAGAAAUAGAAUUCAUAGUUCCAGGUGUUCCAAAAUUUCCCAAAGAAAAAAUUGAACCCAUGGACGUGGAAGAAGGGGAUUCCAUUGUCCUACCCUGUAACCCUCCCAAAGGCCUCCCACCUUUGCACAUCUAUUGGAUGAAUAUUGAAUUGGAACACAUUGAACAAGAUGAAAGAGUAUACAUGAGCCAAAAGGGAGAUCUGUAUUUUGCAAACGUGGAAGAAAAAGACAGUCGAAAUGAUUACUGUUGCUUUGCUGCAUUUCCAAAAUUAAGGACGAUUGUACAAAAAAUGCCAAUGAAACUAACUGUGAACAGUUUAAAGCAUGCUAAUGAUUCAAGUUCAUCCACAGAAAUUAGUUCCAAGGCAAAUUCAAUCAAACAAAGGAAACCCAAACUUCUGUUGCCUCCUGCUCAGAGUGGCAGUUCAUCCACAAUGACUGUCCUCAAAGGGGAUACCCUGUUGCUUGAGUGUUUUGCAGAAGGCCUACCAACUCCACAGGUUGAGUGGAGCAAACUGGGUAGCGAAUUACCAAAGGGAAGAGAAACAAAAGAAAAUUAUGGAAAGACUUUGAAGAUAGAAAACAUCUCCUACCACGACAAAGGAAAUUAUCGCUGUAUAGCUAACAACUUCUUGGGGAAAGCCAGUCAUGAUUUUCAUAUCAUAGUACAAGAGCCUCCACGCUGGAAAAAGAAACCUCAGAGUGCAGUGUACAGCACAGGAAGCAGUGGUAUCUUGUUGUGUGAAGCGGAAGGAGAACCUCAACCCACGAUCAAAUGGAGAGUCAAUGGCUUCCCAAUUGAAAAUCAUCCAUUUCCUGGUGAUGUUAUGUUCCCCAGGGAAAUCAGUUUUACAAAUCUACAACCAAAUCAUACUGCUGUCUAUCAGUGUGAAGCCUCAAAUAUCCAUGGAACCAUCCUUGCGAGUGCCAAUAUUGAUGUUGUAGAUGUUGUACCACUGAUUCAAACUAAGAAUGAAGAAAAUUAUGCUACGGUGAUUGGGUAUAGUGCUUUUUUACAUUGCGAGUACUUUGCUUCACCCAAGGCCACAGUGAUCUGGGAAGUUGCUGAUGAAACACAUCCCCUUGAAGGUAGUCGGUACCAUACCCAUGAAAAUGGCACUCUGGAGAUCUACAGAACCAUUGAGGAAGAUGCGGGAUCCUACUCUUGUUGGGUAGAAAACGCAAUGGGAAAAGCAGUCAUCACAGCCAAUUUGGAUAUUAGAAAUGCCACAAAGCUCAAAGUUUUUCCGAAGAACCCUCGCAUCCAGAAAUCACACGCACUUGAACUACACUGCGAAAGCCAAUGCGACUCCCAUUUGAAACACAGUUUGAAGCUGUCCUGGAGUAAAGAUGGGGAGCCUUUUGAAAUCAAUGGCACAGAAGACGGCAGAAUAUUGAUUGAUGGAGCUAAUCUGACCAUAUCCAAUAUCUCGGUAGAAGAUCAGGGUACUUAUUCCUGUUCUGCUCAAACUGCUCUUGAUAGCAUUUCUGAGAAAACUCAUGUAACUGUCCUUGGUGUUCCAGAUCCUCCAGGAAACCUUCUCUUGUCAGAAAGACAGAACAGGAGUGUCCGGCUGUCCUGGGAAGCUGGAGAUGACCACAACAGCAAUAUCAGUGAGUACAUUAUAGAAUUUGAAGGGAACAGAGAGGAACCUGGAAAGUGGCAGGAGCUAACUCGAGUCCAAGGAGAAGAGACAGAGGCUGUGUUAUCUUUGGCUCCAUAUGUAAGAUAUCAGUUCAGGGUCACAGCUGUGAAUGAAGUGGGGAGAAGUCAGCCCAGCCAGCCAUCGGACCAGCAUGAAACUCCACCAGCAGCUCCAGAUAAGAAUCCACAGAACAUCAGGGUUCAAGCAUCCCAACCCAAGGAGAUGAUUAUAAAAUGGGAGCCUUUGAAAUCCAUGGAGCAGAAUGGGCCAGGACUAGAGUAUAGAGUGAGCUGGAAGCCCCAGGGAGCGCCUGAGGAAUGGGAAGAAGAAACAGUUACAAACCACACACUUCGUGUAAUGACACCUACUGUCUAUGCUCCUUAUGAUGUCCAAGUUCAAGCCAUCAAUCAACUCGGCUCUGGACCUGAGCCUCAGCCAGUGACACUCUAUUCAGGGGAAGACUAUCCUAGUACAGCUCCUGUGAUCCAUGGUGUUGAUGUUAUGAAUAGCACAUUAGUUAAAGUGACCUGGUCAUCAAUUCCAAAGGAAACAGUACACGGGCUUCUGAGAGGAUACCAGAUAAAUUGGUGGAAAACCAAAAGUCUGCUGGAUGGAAGGACACACCCCAAAGAAGUGAACAUCCUAAGAUUCUCAGGACAGCGAAACUCUGGAAUGGUUCCUUCCCUAGAUGCCUUUAGUGAAUAUCACUUAACAGUCUUAGCUUACAAUUCCAAAGGAGCUGGUCCUGAGAGCGAGCCUUAUAUAUUUCAGACUCCAGAAGGAGUACCUGAGCAGCCGAGUUUUCUCAAGGUCAUCAAAGUUGAUAGAGACACUGCCACUUUAUCCUGGGGACUUCCUAAGAAACUAAAUGGAAAUUUAACUGGUUACCUUUUACAAUACCAGAUAAUAAACAACACCUACGCGAUUGGAGAAUUAAAUGAAAUCAAUGUUACUACUCCAUCUAAAUCUAGCUGGCGUCUCUCAAACCUCAAUGCAACAACCAAAUACAAGUUCUACUUGAAGGCAUGCACCUUAAAAGGCUGUGGGAAGCCAAUAAGUGAGGAAAUUGUCACACUGGGAGAAGGGAGUAAAGGUAUCAGGAAGAUAACAGAAGGAGUAAAUCUUACCCAAAAGAUUCACCCUGUAGAGGUACUUGUGCCGGGAGCGGAACAUAUUGUUCACCUCAUGACUAAGAACUGGGGUGAUAACGAUAGCAUUUUUCAAGAUGUAAUUGAGACAAGAGGGAGAGAAUAUGCUGGCUUAUAUGAUGACAUCUCCACUCAAGGCUGGUUUAUUGGACUGAUGUGUGCAAUCGCUCUUCUCACACUGAUACUAUUAACGAUUUGCUUUGUGAAGAGGAACAAGGGUGGAAAGUAUUCAGUAAAAGAGAAGGAAGAUUUACACCCAGAUCCAGAAGUUCAGUCAGCAAAAGAUGAGACUUUUGGUGAAUACAGUGACAGUGAUGAAAAGCCUCUCAAAGGAAGCCUUCGCUCCUUGAAUAGGAACAUGCAGCCCACAGAGAGCGCUGACAGCUUAGUGGAAUAUGGAGAGGGAGACCACUCCAUAUUCAAUGAAGAUGGAUCUUUUAUUGGCGCCUACACCGGAGCUAAGGAGAAAGGGUCUGUUGAAAGCAACGGAAGUUCGACGGCCACGUUCCCACUCCGGGCCUAGGCACAUCACAUGCACCACCGCUGGCUAGCACAGUCCUCCCCAGUCUCUUCUGGGGAGCAAAAUCUUUUACAGAGGAGUGGAAACACGUGUCCAGAGGCUGACAUUCUGACAUUCUGCAAUUUUGCUGAGAAAAAAUAGCACUGCCUUCAAAAAGAAAAAAAAAAAAAAAAGUCAGAUGCCAAACACUUCAGGCCUGUGUUUCGUUUAUGGUUUUGGUUUUGGGUGCUCAAAAUGCAGAACACAAAACAAAUCCUGUACUUAGAUCCACUUUGACUGAAUCCAAAGUUCCUCUUUUACAUAUUCCACGUCUGCCUGGUUCUCCUGUUCAGUGUGUGUGCAGUAAUGUUGCUAACUGUGUGGGUUUCUCUGGAUACACAGUUGUAUUUAGUUUUUAAGAACUGUUUUAGUGACUUUGAUUCACUACAGGUUAAAAGAUUGUAAGCAAGUAAGAUGGUUAUUUAAAAUGUAAAAAGGAAUAUGAAUGUCUUAUUAAACACUUCAUGGAAUCUAUACAGUCUGAAGUUAUUAUUUAAAAUUUAGUAGUAAAGGUCUUAGAUGAUCAUGCAACUCGUAUUUAUUGAGCCCCUAACUAUUUUCCCAGAGGCUACCAUUUUUAUUCAGAGUUACAAUGUUUUCAAUUUCUGAAUGAUUGUCUUCACUUUCUGUCAGUGUGGUAACUCUGUAACUAUCUAUCUAUCUAUCUAUCUAUCUAUCUAUCUAUCUAUCUAUCUAAUUUUCUUCCUUCCUUUCUUCCUUUCUUUCUCUUUCUUUCUUUCUUUCUCUCUCUCUCUCUCUCUCUCUCUCUCUCUCUCUCUCCCUUUCUUUCUUUCUUCCUUUCUUUUUUUUUUUUUUACUUUUUAACUUGAACUAACUGGAGCUGCAGAAGGUCAGAGGUUAUUUUAAAAAGAGAAAGAAGAUGUUGAUGAUUGUAUUUUGUAUCUUCAUUUGUAUGUUCACAGCUUUUAGCCUUUAUGUUUAUAGACUGGUUCCCUUGGAUAUGUUUUAUGAAUGCCUUGUACAUAUUAUAUUAAUAUUUACACACAGUGUUUUAUUUUGAAGUGAGAAAGAGAACAUUAAUAAGCAUGAUUGUACAGCUAAAGUGUAUAUAGUAGGAUGCUGUUUUCAUCCUUCAGGGGCUAACCCAGCAAUCCAGAUUCAAGAUUACAUGAAUAAUUGGAUUCUAUUCUUAUAUUUCUCUCCUUCACAUGUUCUCAAAAUAAAAUAGCAUAUAACGAUGGAGGGAAAUGCAUUCAUAUUGUUCAAAAUAAGUUUUGGAGUGGAUUCCUGCCCCAGUCUCCAACAAAUAAAGUUAUUUACAGUAUAAAAUCUUAUGUACCUGUUAGUUUAUAUCAUAUUGUAAAUGUUUCUGUGGUGGUAUCAUCAUUUUUAACGUUUUCUUUUUGUCAUAGUUAGUACAGGGCCAGGGAAUUUAGUUUCCCUCACGUGGGCUACCAGUCCAUCUAAAAUGGUACAGAAGUUUUAGAGUGUUUUAGAAAUACCUUGAAGAACUCUGCGCACAUAUAAGUAAAUAACGGAUGCUAACACUCUCAUGUAAUGGAAACUUUUAACCUCACCAUGAAAUUAUUAAUUAUGUUGUGAUACAGUUCAGAGAUUUAACUUUACUUUGUGUAAUUACUGGCAUAUCCUUACUGUUUAGUCUUCAUGUUUAAUUGAUAUGAUGUGCUAUGCUGCUUUGGGGUUAAAAUCAUGGAUAAGAAAAUGACCAAUGCAGUAAUGUACAUGAAACAUACUUUUUAAAUCUCAUGUUUCUUUUAGAAUGCAUAGGUAGGAAAAAUCCGUUUUCUCAAAAUCAUGGAUCUCAAUGUUUAGCUACUUUCCUGGAAAUAGUAAAAGAAAGGGGGCAGAUAUCUUUAUUCUCUAGCCUGUAUGAGUGUGCAAGAAUCUACACAUCCACUGUGGAAACUGAUCCCCAGCGCCAUCUGAUGACUAAGGCACAGAUUGCUGGAGGAGCCUCUGUCAUGUGCCAUUUUAGGUGGGGGGCUGUGGAACUGAGCUUCAAAGAAAAUAAAGGAUGUGACCGACAGUUAAUUAUGCUGUUAUUCUGCCUCCUUCUCCUUAUCAUCAUUCAAAAUGUAGUUUGGAAAGGGUCAUAUGGGUUGAUAAUAAUAACCAACAAUGUAGAACUGUUUCAUUAAAAAAUUAAUAAUCUUUAAGUCUAAUGUUGAUGCAAAUACUUAUAUUUUUGUUCCAAAUGACGGUUGAAGUAAAUGAGAUUGUGCUAUAACCCCUUUUGCUAGCUUCUGUGAACUUCUAAAUACUAUUUGGCUUCAUUUCGUUGUACAACUUCAGUAGAGCAAGACAAGAUCCUUGGAGUCCUUUGAUUUUAAUUAAAUUUAAAUGUGUGCUCAAAUGAAAACACAUCCAGUAGGUUAAAGUGGAUUUAAUUCUUUUUCUUUCUUAAACAGUGAGUGGCAGACUCUGUGAUGUGCAAUGCUGAUUACCAUUGGGCAAUAAUUAUUUGGGAAAUGCGACCCCCCUGAGUUUUAAGGCAGCUGCUAAUAUGUACAACUUUGUUCUUAACUGGUUUUGCAGUAACUUUCUGUAGUCUACUGACAGUAUGAUUUUAAUGUAAGUGAUUGUAUAUAACCUCCAGGAUUGUGGAUGGGGAUAAGUUCAGAACGAACUGUUUGAGGGUCAGGGAAAAUCUGUGUUCUCUUCCAGGUUCCAGCACUGACUAUACAUAGAAACCUUAGGCACAUUGCUGAACUGCUUUAACUUCAAACUGUGCUACAAAAGUGCUAAUGUUUGCUGUCACAGGGUGUUCUUUUGUACUAAGAAAACUUACGAAUGAUAAAAUCUAAGAUGCCUUUUAACUUCAUAACCCAACCUGUAAUUAAAUUAAGUAUCAAAAACUCACCCCCACAUACACCAACUCAAUUUCCCCCCUCUAAGCACAUAAAUAUAUUUUUAUAGAAAACAGAUCUACAGAAAAUAAACUAAAUCUUCCUGUUAAGUGUGGAGUACGAUUUGCAUAUGCCAUUGAAAAUUAAUAAUCGGAAGAAAACUAAGCAGGGUCUUUGCUAUACAAAAGUGUUUUCCACUCAUUCUGCAUGCGUAUUUGUAAGAUGUGAAAUCAGUAGAUUUAUUCUCUUGGUAUAAAGGCAUCUGAUAUUUUAGAUGUACCCAUGUUUAUAGAAAACUGUAGAGCACAAUGGACUUAACGCUAUUUUCUACUCAUGGAAGAGAAAGAGGACGAUAAAGAGAGAUGUCGGCUGCUUUUCUAAGUAUUUAAAACAUAUUUGCCAAUCGAAAUCCUAAAUAUGUUUACAUGCCAUUAAGGCGUAAUUCUCGUAACAACUUUAAAUUGGUUGUAGUACUGGUUUGUGGUCUGUGGUAGUAGAUGUAUCCUAGUGUUCCUAUAGUGAGGUAAGUAGGGCUGGGCCAAAGCUACUUUGAUUUGUCUUCAACUGACUACAUCGUCAAAGAGACAAAAUGUACAGAGGGUAGGCUCACCUGGUUAGCUUUUCUGUUCUUACAUAGAUUAAUGUUCACAGUAGAUCUUUAUUCACGUGUGUUUGUGUUGUAGAUGGUGUUUGUAUUAUGCUUAUGGAUAUUUGUGGUUCAAUACUAUUUUCAUUACACAUGAAAUUCAGCUUUCAAAUAAAAGUUUGACU